AGUGACCAUGACCUUCCUUUUUUUAGUCAUGUACAAUCAUGUAGACUAGACAGACGGAUGAUCGCGAGAUGUAGGAGUAGAGAAAAAAUCACUUCGUUAAGCGCCCCAUCUUCUGUUUACGUUGAGAGAGAGAAGUCAUGCGUUAGCCGCUAGCUAGCAGCGCUUCAUCUCAUCUAACGUUACUCCAGCGGUGCACAGCUGAAGUAAAGUUUUUAGCACAGUCAGGUUGAGAGGGAACAAUGGUGAAGUAUUUCAGCUGUGCAGGCUUUCUGAAGAGCUCAUGGGACCAAGUGUUUUUGGCAUUCUGGCAGAGAUACCCCAACCCCUACAGUAAUCAUGUUUUAACUGAAGACAUCAUAUUUCGGGAAGUCACUCCAGACAACUGUCUGAUGUCCAGACGUCUCCUGACCAAAACAAGCAGAGCUCCUCGCUGGGCGGAGAAGUUUCUGCCUGCUCACAUGGCACAGAAGGCUUACAUCAUUGAGGACUCUGUAGUGGAUCCUCAGGGCAGGACCAUGACCACUUUCACCUGGAACAUCAGCCACGCUCGUGUGAUGAGUUUUGAAGAACAUUGUGUGUACAGAGUGAACCCCGACAACAACAGUUGGACUGAGAUCAAGAGAGAGGCCUGGAUUUCCUCCAACCUGUACGGCCUCUCUAGAGCUAUUCAGGAAUUUGGUCUUGCCCGGUUUAAGAGCAACGUUACAAAGACCAUGAAAGGUUUUGAGUAUGUCCUGGCCAAGAUGCAAGGUGAACUGCCCACACGAACGCUGGCAGAAACCGCAACUGUGAAGGCACGUGAAACCGCAUUCGCUGCCAAAGAGAAGGCUAAAGAUUUAGCCUCUCAAGCUCAAAAGAAGCAGUAUGUAUGAUGAGCGCACACGCCUGGAGGUGACGCGGUAUCCGGACUCUCCCAGCACUUCUGAAAAGGGCCGUGCCAUUCCAUCACACUGGGCACACAUGUGGAUGUGAGAUGCAUUAAGCCAGGAACUGAGAUGAUCAGAUCGUGCCUGUCAGUAAAGCCCAUGUGCACUUCGACUGACAACUUAAUUUAAUACAGCAACAUCCUCCACCUGCUCCUGAUUAUACAUGAGAUGUUUGCAUUUUUUUGAUUGCUAAAUUAAUUUAAUUUAUCUGAUUUUGCUGAUGUAUUUCAAACUCUGAAUCUUCAUAUUCACACUUGCUGAGGUCUGUAAUCUGCCUUGUUUAGCAAUGUGAUUAGUUGCUUCAAAUUGAAGUUCUAUUUGCAUUGAUGGGUCCACAGUUCCAGCAGUCAUUGCCAGCGUGAGAGCAUAUGCUAGGAAGUAUUGCACCGGAUGGACGGUAAUGUCUGAUUACAAGUGUGAAAGUUGUCAAAACAUGUCAGAUGUUGAGUGUCUGAGAAGAAACGCAUUUGUUUAAUGAAACGAUAAGAUAGCUUGCAUAAUGUUUUAUAGCUCUUAAUUGUUUGUGAUCAGUAGGUAUUACCAAUAAAUAUUUACUAUCUA